GAAGACUUGCAGGAGUCAGGCAGAAGAAAGAGGUGCUGUGUGUUGUGAAAACCACACUGUCGUCCUUCCACUCUACCAAAACUAAAGCAACCGGAGAUAAAAAAAAAUAAAAAAAUAAGACAAAAAGGAUCUUCAAGCAUGGCCCCAAAGAAGAAGGCCCCUCGCCCAAAGAAGGCCGCCGAAGACACCAUCACUCAGGUUCCCGUGGAGACCAGCUCCAUCCCCUUGAAGGUGGAGAGCCGUGGUGACGGCGUGGUGGUGGUUGAGAGCGGCGUGAAGAAGAUUGAGCAGAUGGCGGCCCUGGACAUCGCACAGCUGAACAGCCUGAACCUGCAGCUGCCGCCGCCCGCCAUCAAGCCCGGCGAGAGGGGCUUCGGCCUGGGCAGCGAGCUCACGCGGCCUCUGCACGGCAACGCACUGCUGGAGGAGCUCAGCAAGAUGCGCCAGGAGAAGUUCCUGACUGAUCUGGAGCUGGCCUGUAAGACCAAGGCCUUCGACGUGCACAAACUGGUCAUUUCCUCCAUUAGCCAGUACUUUAGAGAGAUUCUGGCUAAAGACCCUGGAAUGAAGCGUCUGGAACUCCCCUCUCUCUCACCUCUGGGUCUUGCCAAUGUCAUCACUUUUGCCUACUUGGGCCGCGUCCAUAUGUCCCUUUACACCAUUGGCUGCACCGUCUCUGCCGCCACCGCGCUGCAGAUCCCUCAACUCCUCAAGAUGUGCAUGGACUUCCUGCUGGCGGAGCUCAACGUCCAGACCUGCGUCUACAUCUGGAACAUCGCUGCCGCCUACGGCCUGCUGCCCGUGUGCGACGCCGCCCGCCGCUUCGUCCUUGAGAACUUUGUGCCGUUCUCAGAGACGCCGCUCUUCAUGCAACUGACCCUGGAGCAGAUCUCCGCUUUCCUGCAGGACGACGCGCUGGUGUUACCGUCAGAGGUCACGGCUUUCCAGCUCACCAUGAAGUGGCUGGACUUUAACGCCUCUCGCCAGGCUCACGCCUCUGACCUUCUGUCCCACAUCCGCUUCGAGACCAUCCCAGCCAGCGAGCUGGUGAGCCAGAUCCAGCCAGUGCCCCGCAUGAUGCUGGACCCCCAGUGCCACCGCCUGCUGGUGGACGCCAUGAACUACCACCUGCUGCCCUACCAGCAGAACACCCUGCAGUCCAGGCGCACGCAGGUCCGGGGGGCCCAGCAGACUCUUCUGACCAUCGGAGGACGCCCGUCUCUCACAGAGAGGGCUCUCAGCCGGGAGGUUCUGUGGAGGGACCCUCGUGAAAGUGGAGCAACCUGGCGCCACCUGACCCAGCUGCCGGCGAAGAGCUUCAACCAGUGUGUGGCGGUGAUGGACGGCUUCCUGUAUGUUGCUGGAGGAGAGGACCAGAACGACGCCCGGAACCAGGCCAAGCACGCCGUCAGCACACUCAGCAGAUACGACCCCCGCUUCAACACCUGGCUCCACCUGGCCAGCAUGCGUCAGCGACGCACCCACUUCUCCCUGGCAGCCAGCGGUGGUCGCCUGUACGCCAUCGGCGGCCGUAACGUCGAGGGCUUGUUGGCCACCACCGAGAGCUACCUGCCCUCCUCCAACACCUGGCAGAUGCGCGCCCCCAUGGAAGUGCCCCGCUGCUGCCACUCCAGUGCCACCCUGCCCUCUGGAGACAUCCUGGUGACCGGCGGCUACAUCAGCUGUGCCUACUCCCGCUCUGCCUCGUGCUACAACGUGGAGACCGAUACCUGGAGCGAGAAAACCCCCAUGGAGACACCCCGCGGCUGGCACUGCUCCGCCACCCUGGGUGGGAAGGUGUACGUAGUGGGAGGAAGCCAGCUCGGGCCAGGUGGAGAGCGGAUCGAUGUGCUGUCAGUGGAAGUUUUCAGCCCUGAGAGUGGGGCGUGGAGCCGGGCGGCACCGCUGCCCUUGGGCGUGAGCACCGCGGGCCUGUCCCCGCUGGCCGAGAAGCUGUACCUGCUGGGAGGCUGGAACGAGGCCGAGAAACGCUACAAGGCGGCCGUGCAGAAGUACGACCCGGCCACAGAUAGCUGGUCGAAGGGGGAGGAUCUGCCGGAGCCAACAGUAGGAGUCUCCUGCUGCGCCCUGACGCUGCCACCCCGCCACGCAGCACGCCGGCAGCAGCACCGCAACACCCCGGGACACGAGGAGCAGAGCCCUGCCGGAAAGAACCGGAGCAGAGAGAACAGCAAGGCCCCAGUACAGGUCCAAAGUGCAUGAAAACACAGGAGAAGCAUCAGGCAACAUCUGGAUCACCAGAACAUUUCCUCUGCCAGUGACCCCUGACCCCUUCAAUCAAAAAUGGUCCAAAAUGUGGAAAAGGGGAAUCCCAUUUUCAUUUUUCUACAGAAGCUAAAAUCGACCCUUUAAGAACCAGAAUGUGUGACAACAGGAGGGUUCAACUUUGACCUUUUAGGCU